ACAUACCAAUAGCAUGUCCAAUUGGUUCUACUUUACUUUCUCUCGUUUUUUAAUAUUUAUGCAAAAAGCCAAUUGUUACAUCUAAUAAAAAACGGAGGUAGUGUUAAGAGAAACUGACGUUUUGCAUGUAAAGGUGUAAUGGUAAUCUCAUAAUGGGUUGGACAUUUUGCUGGACUAGAAAAACAGGAUUUUUGUACAACAUAAACCAAAUGACUUUUACCAAAUCAGAUCAGCUAAAUGACCAAAUUUUCCAUAUCUCUAGUUCUCCAUUAUGAACCACUAAAGUUACACUAUGUGCUUUGACAAAAUACGUGUCACAAUUUGAGUGGCUGUUAUCCUUAUUUGGAUACUCCUGCGGUCUUUCUCUGCAACCUUCAGAAACCCAUAACUGAAAAAACCUCCAACUCCACAACAUAUGCACAGGUGAAAUCACCACCAAAAACAAUUCCACAGCAACAUGAAAACCCUUAAUUUCCCAAAAACAAUGAACCCAGUUAACUUAAAUCCUUUAUUUUCACCCAAAAAUCUCACCUUUCUCUCUCCUAAGUUGCAUAUUGUUAAAUACCUCAACCCUCCAUUGUCACUAGCUCUCUGUUCCAGAAAACCCAACAAUCACAAUCAAACUGAUAACAUAAUUGAGGAAAAUCCCAAUUGCAAAUCCAAUGCAGAAUUCGAAUUCGACCCGAAUGAGAAUGACCUACAGGACACCCAACCCAACUUCAUUUUCAGCUCAGACAACCCCACAUCUACCCCUCCUGCACCGUCCUCUAGGGGCUUGAUCUUUAAUCCAGGCCAAAGUGGGUGUUGGGAUAGUAUUGAGAUUGGUUCCCCUGUUGUAAAAAGAUUCUUGAGUGACGAUGAAGAGAGAUGGUAUAUGUGGUACUAUGGGAAAUCUGAGAAGAACUUGGAUUCGGGUUCAAUCGGGUUGGCGAUUUCGAGCAACGGGGUGCAUUGGGAGAGGGGAGAGCAAGCUGCUGGUGAUUCAAGUUCUGGUACAGGGAUGGUGAUGACUUGUGGUGAAGAUUGGUGGGCAUUUGAUACAAAGAGUAUUAGACCUUCAGAAAUUAUGAUCAUGUCUAGCAACAAAGUUAGAGCUUCCUCUGCUGUUUAUUGGCUUUACUACACAGGUUAUAGCUCUGAGGAGGUGGAAAUGGAAGUGCAGUCUCCACAAGAUUACUCCCUUCAAUUUACUGAAGCUGUAAACGGGCCAGGGCUUGGGAUCGGGCUCGGAUUCGGGAGAGUUUCAAAGUCAUUGCCAGGGUUAGCCAUAAGCCAAGAUGGAAGAAAUUGGGCAAGAAUUGAAGGGGAUCAUCAUAGUGGAGCCUUACUUGAUGUAGGAUCAAACUUAAAUGGGGAAUGGGAAUGGGAUUCUUUGUUCAUUGCUUCUCCACAUGUUGUUUCCCAUAGCAAUGGAGAUAUGAGAAUGUAUUACCAUUCCUUUGAUCCUCAAGAAGGGAAAUUCGGUAUUGGAAUCGCGCGAUCAAGAGAUGGGAUUAAGUGGGUGAAGCUAGGCAAGAUUAAGACAAUAGGACAAGGAUCAAGCAAUGAGGAGUGUUUUGAUGAAAUGGGUGCACUAAAUGCUUGUGUAGUGAAAGAUAAGAAAGUUGGAAACUAUUUGAUGGCAUAUGAAAGUGUUGCCAAAGAUGGGAAAAGAAGUAUUGGAAUGGCGGUAUCUGAGGAUGGAUUGAAGGAUUGGAGACGAGUAAGCGAUGAGGCGGUUUUAACGGCGUCGUCGGAGGAUGGCUGGGAUAGCAAGGGAGUGGGAUCUCCAUGUUUGGUUCAAAUGGAUGGAGAUGAAGAUAGGUGGAGAUUGUAUUAUACAGGACUUGGAGUAGACUGUAAGACUGGAAUUGGGUUGGCUGUUUCUCAAGGGAGUGAUAUUACAAGUUUUAGGAGAUGGGCAGGGUUCCGCUUAUGAUUACAUGAUUUAGGAUUAGAGUGAUUAGAAGUAUGCAUUAACAUCCAAUAUUCAUGUUCUAACUUCUUGUUGUGUUUGUGUCCCUUUUGAAGAUUGGUUUUUUCUUUUA